UUUAUUUUUUUUUCGUGCAUAUAUAUAUUUUUAAAAAAGAUUCAAUAUUUAUUUUUUUGCUUUGUGUUUGCUGUUUGUUUAGACGGUAGUCCACCGGCAUAUCAUUUUGAUAGGGGAUCUGGUGCAGGAAUUAACAAUUGGUUGUUUCAUAUCGAGGGAGGAGGAUGGUGCAACAAUGUCACAAGUUGCCUUAGGCGUAAGAGCACACAGUUAGGCUCCUCUAAGUAUAUGGUUAAAAACCUUGCUUUUUCUGGGAUAUUGGGCAACAGGGGGCAGUUCAAUCCAGAUUUUUACAAUUGGAAUAGAGUCAAGAUUAGAUAUUGUGAUGGAUCAUCCUUUACCGGCGACGUAGAAGCAGUCAAUCCUGUCACUAAUCUCCACUUUAGGGGAGCAAGAAUCUUUCUUGCUGUUAUUGAAGAUCUAUUAGCAAAAGGAAUGAAGAAUGCUGAAAAUGCUAUUCUGUCUGGAUGUUCUGCUGGUGGAAUUUGGAUGAACUAUAAAUUUUGUUAUAUUUGUGUUUUGGAGGGUCAACAAGCUGACGGGAGUCAAGGUAAGAAUGAAGAUGUUCCGGUACGUGGUACACCUGAGCAACAUGUAGAUGACGAUAUGUGUGGUACAAAUAAAGAAGUCAUCUCAUUGCUUGCAAUGACGGCGGUGAUU